UAAAUGUUAAUGAUUGUAAAUAAGCUUAAUUUUAUUUUGGACUUGCACGAACAAUUUUAUAACUUUUUGAAAAGUUUAAAAAAUUUUUCGAGAAUUCUUUGUCGAUGAUAUUCUAGUCCCGAGAAGAAAAGACAAGUCAAGAAAUCAGAAGACUUAGUUUCCUCUUUCUUAUCCGUCUUCUUCAUCCUCCGCAUCCGCUGUAUUGAUGCCGUUGACAGUGUCGCGUGUAAGUUUCCGACACGAACGUGAAUCGUCGAACGUGCGUGUACGGUUUAUAAAAAACAGAGGGGCGAAGCGCUCGGUUCCGGAGCCAGGGUCACCAGCGGCGACCGACCGCCUCCUGUUUCCCCACAUAUACGGGGAUCAUUGGGGUGGAUUUAGCGGUGGAUUCGCCGGGGAACGUCGAGCACACGCGAGGGGUUGCAAAGCGGGCCGAGAUAAUCUCCGUCGGCGUCGACGGUGGCGGAGAACCGCGGAGUCGGCCCAUAAGCCGCAGUCAUACCCCAGCCGCCGGCGCACCAGGUGCUUAUCCGUCUCGAGUCCCGUCGCAGAGGUGGAAAUAAAAGAACGGUUUCGCCGGUAGUCGUCGGGCAUUCGUGUCGGGGAGGGAAAAACCGAUCGGAACGCGUUCGGAACGCGUCGCGCAACGACAUCUGCCGAAUAUCAAGCCGGACGAAAGUCCUGCGACUCAACCCUCCACCGGAUUAAUCGGUCCGACUGCCCACCAGCGCCACCCUGCAUCCUCGACCGCCGAAUAGACGGGCACCUCGGACUGAUUCAGCCAGUUUCAUCGUCCGCCGUGUGACGUCGCUGGCGUUGCUGCCUCUCUCAUCGAACAUUCGACGUCUAUCGAACUACUUCGAUACCGACCCUCAUCGAGCUUCGACCCGGAAUCAAAGUUUCAUCCCGAAUUCAAAAGAUUGUACGAUUGCACCGGUGAUGGUUCAAGAAAGCGACGCUCCACGUGGAUAUUGUAAUAAUACUAAUAAUAAUAAAAAUAAUUCGUUAGGCUUCGAAAAUUUGAUCGGUGAUCUACGUCACAGUGCAGUUCAACUGAUCGUUGGAAAAAUUGAGAAUAAAUAAAUAAGUAAACAAAUAAGCGAAACAAGUUGGAGGUUUUAAGAAUCGCGAAAAUAUCGAGGAACAGAUUCUUCGUCAACGGCAGCAGCAGGUCGCUGACAGCAAGGGGGUUGAAAAGAAGAACCGUUUGCGGUAUUGACCUCACUCGCGCACCCUAGUCGCGACUACGCCAUCGCGAUAGCCACGCGCCACAAGGACGAGACGCCCUCUCUCGACGUCGAACCGAGGGCAGUAAACUGCGGGUGCGUGAACGAGCCGGGAGACGGACGGACGCCGCCGUCGUCGACGCGGCCCCAGACCGCGGGGCGCGAUUCUCCCAUCCCUCGAGGAAUAAAUCCGGCGCCAAUUGACGGAGGGAAGAUAAAUCGAGACAAAAUAAAGAAACACGGAGGGUGGAUCGUAAAAUGGUAUAAAUAUCGAGGGAAGGGGGUCCGGAUUACAAGGUUGUACGAGAAAGUCUCAACUAGUUGGACACUGUGUCGACGAUAAGUACAGCAUACCUAUAGGAACGAGGCUGCAGAUAAAGAAGAGGAGGAACGAGAGCGUUCCGAAGGGACAAAGAUACGCGGAUAGGGGAAGGAAAGGGGGGUAGGGGAAGGGAAAGGAUCUGGGAAAAGCACAGGGUUGAAUGGGUGGGCCGGGCGCCGGGCGGGCGACGAGGCAGGAGUUGAACAUCGUGCCACACCACGUCGGCCACGGGGAGCGAGUCCUGGUGAUCGGCGAGUCGCCAGCAACCGCGUGCCGCUGCUGCCCCCCGGCGACGACGCCGCCACCGGUGACCGCGUUGCCCUCGCCACCGCCACUGGCAUUGCUCCACAUAUACGGGAUCAGCAGCAGCAACAACAACAACAACAACAAAAACAACAACAACAAUAACAACAACGCCGAGGCGACGGUAGAGGAAACGGCCAAGGCGGCCAUGUCAUCACCCCCCAAGCAUCGACGGGGUUUCGAUCCCAACGACGCCACGGCCAACGACUUCCGGAGGUACAGACGGGUCAAGACACGACAGAGAGCCAUUCCAUGUCCUCUGCGAUCAUCCCGAGAGUGCGUUCCUCGGAUCCCACCGGGUUGAGCCGGCAACCCGGAAAACCACCCCGCCCUGAACACACGCAGCACAUGGCCACAUUGCAGCCACCGCAGGCACGGCACAGGCAUAUAACAAAGCACCACUACUUCGCACCGUGACACACUCGCUUGCAUUGUUUGAUGUUGGACCACUGGUUGGCUGGUUGAGCUGCUUUGCGCGGUCAAGUGUCAAACCCUGACCUACGACGUCACGGCUUACUCCGACGCAGUCGAUGUCGAUGUCUUUGCCGCUUCGCAGAGCUUCUGACGUUGGACCUUGAGCUAUCUAACGACUGCUACUGGCUGGAGAAGAAACGCUUUUGACAUGAACGGUGAUGGCUUCAAAGGCUGGCCAGACUCAAGGAUCUUCCCGACACUCUCCUGCUAUUGCAAUGUCUGAAACAUGACAGUUUAAUGGAUUGAGAUGGACGCUUGAUUGGUGCUGACCUUACGCACUUAUGCUUACGAUGCUUUUUACUUUAUCGUAUUACAUUUAUACACAUUGUUAUUGUAAUAUUCAAUCUUUACCCAAUUCCCUGAGGUUAUUCAUUUUUAGAUUUUUCAACAAAUAUUUUGCAUAUAUAAUGUUUACGUCGUGACCCUCGAAUAAUGAAAUUCAAGUGCGAUACCAGUCAUCGUAUACAAAAUUGAUCAAAAUCAACUCGUCUGUAGGUUCUGAAUAAAAUUUCGUUCACCCAACUUAUAAAGAAUUGUUAUAUUAUUAAUAAUAUUGCAAUAAUCUCAGAAUUGAAACACGUGUUGUUUGUAAUCGAUGCAAUGGAUGAUAAGCACUUGUCAAAUUCUGCGAUAACUCAAUGAUCGAUCAUAUCUACCGAUCUUAUUCGUUUUUACGACAAAAACAAAGUAUUUUGUAAGCCCUAUGAGAGAUACGCAUCAGACUAGCGGUAUUAUCGAAACUGUAAAAGUACACGAAAAAGCAGGUCUCGAGUAGUGAGAGUUUUGGAUCUCGUCUUGAAUAAGCUAUUCUCCAUAAAAUUGAAAAUGCUUUGGCGGCAGAAAAUAUAAUAUUCUAAUUUUUUGAGAAAAUAUCCUAUUCACAUCAUAUAAGAGAAUUGAAUAAAUCCAUACAAAUUUUCUAAAUGACUCUUGACUUGUUUCCUCAUAAUUUGUCAUUACUGCAUUACUUUCUCUCGAUCACUUUCUCGAAAAUAAACUGAACUUCCGGCGAUCAUAUACUCAGAAAAAGGUGCGUGAUUCUAUUUCACGAUAACGUUCGUGACUGGAAAAUUCUGGGGUAGACGUAAUUACACCCAUCGAAAUAUCGAAAUGACGCGUUCAUGCUUGAGGUGACAAAUAACCAUGUCAGCCAGGGUUCGAGUAUUCACUCUUGGUUCACUUAGUGUAUCCAAAUGAGCACGUAUUUCCUACGUUGUUUGUUUGUUUUUUUUUUCCAUUU